CCCAUCACCCGCAUUGCGUCUGCGUGGCGUCGACCCCACUUCAUUCCGAUCCUCCCUCGCGGCCAUGGCGGGGGCGAAGCAGCCUCGGCGCUACCGCCUCCCAGCGAUCCUCGCCGCGGCUGUGGCUGCCGCUCUGCUCCUGUUCUCGCAGGCAGUGGUGGCGCUGGAGAAAGGAACGAACAGAUCGUCGCUGCUCGGGCAGCCGAGGCAGUGGAGCACGGGGACGGACGAGGCGGAGAUACUCGCCGAGGCGGAAGCCCGCGGCAGAGGCAGAGUAGGAGGGGACUCGGCGGCUGGGGAACAAGGCGGCGAGUUCGAAUCCCUAGACAGCAUGCUGCAGUGGGCGAUUGGGAACUCUGAUCCGGAUAAGUUGAGGGAAAAAGCUGCAGAAUUGGAGACCCUAUCAGCGGAUGAGUUACUCAAGCGGCAAAUGGAGAUUAAGGAGCUCAUGGAGAAGUUAAAGAUGCCAUCAGAUGCUGAGUUCAUGAAGACUGCCAUUGCUGACUUAAAUAAUUCCUCUGUUUCGCUCGAGGAGCGCCAACGUGCACUGCAAGAGCUUUUAGUUCUAGUUGAGCCCAUCGACAAUGCUAAUGACCUUGAAAAACUUGGAGGCCUUAUUCCAUUGAUUCAGGAACUUAACAAUGCAGAUGAAGGAAUAAGGACUACAUCAGCAUGGGUCCUGGGUAAAGCCAGUCAGAAUAAUGUUCUUGUCCAAAACCAGAUCCUUGGUUAUGGAGCUUUGAAAAGAUUAGUGAACAUGGGUUAUUCCAGUUCUGCAGCAGAAGCUGCAAAAGCCUUGUAUGCUAUAUCCUCCUUGAUUAGGGACAAUGAACAUGGCCAGGAGCUCUUCCUUUCAGAAAACGGGUAUGCAAUGUUGCAGCACAUAUUGUCAACUGAUGGCAACAAUGUUCGGCUUCAGAAAAAGGUUGUGUCAUUACUGGCAUAUGUAGCCGACUUUCAGCUAAGUACAGGAAAGUCACAGGCAUCAUUAUUAAGCAACCACCUAUUCAUAAAAUCUGUAGUUGAUAUGAUAUCAGCGCCUGACAUUGACCUUCAGGAGAAGGCUUUGUUAGCUGCUAAAAGUCUGCUGCAGCUUACUUCAGAUGAUGCAGUAGAUCUGCAGAAGUUUUCAGGCUUGGAUGAUUCCCUGUAUGCAUUGAGGGUGCAAUUGGAUGAGUUGACAUCUCAUGAGGAACGCAGAGAGUAUGCUCUGGAAGUUGAAAUCCUGCGGAGAGAAGUCCAGAUCCUGUUCCAACAGAAAUUCAAUCAGGUGAGGGCGUUGCAACAUGACAUGAAAAAUGACAAAUGAAGCCACAUACAAACCCUAUAAUUUAAACACGUGUAAUGUGUAGAAACCUUGGUUCUGAUGGGAUUUCUAAGAGCUGGAUGGCAGAACCUAAACCUAGCUAAUGCCGGUUUCAUGAAACCAUCGCUAAUUGAAUACAGGACGUCAUGAAAUAGCGACUCCCCAUCCAGUUACAGAAGAAAGAACUGCAACGGCACAAAUUUGACACUCAAUUCUGCUCCGUGUCCUCAAAUGUUUCAUAUUAAACCGAUUGGAUGUUGAUGCUGUUCGUAUGAAGCACUCAAAGCUUUUUAUACCAAGCCUAAGCUCUAAUUUAA